AAAAUUUAUUUAGUCGAGACGACAACUUUAAACGAGCAAGGUGUGUUCUAACGGAGAACAUUUCGAAGAAAAAAAAAAUACAUACAUAUAAAAUUUCAACGUUUUCUCUUCCAAAAAAAAUUGAUUACCAACCAAAAAUUCCUAAGAGUGCGACUUUAUAAAAAAAUAACUUCCACAUUGAAUUCUCAAUAAACAGCUACAGAAAUUAAAAACAAUGAAAAAGCUGAAAAAUUGAAGCAGCAAACAUACAAAUCGAAUAUAGAGAAAAAAAAAGUUUACGUCGUAAUUUUUUUUCUUUCGCAGCAAAGACCGUUUUUACGAGAAAAUUACUAAACAACUAUUCUCAAUAAUGAGACCUCCCCCAGUGUUGAUUACAAAAAGAAGUGUUGGAUGAAAAUUAUUUUAAUAACAAAAUUUUGUAAAAGAAAAAAAUAAAAACACUCAAAUUGGAAGCAAAAAAGUGUAUCUCUAUUAUUUUCCUCUCCCAAUAUCCCCGGAUAUAAUUUUUCCUUAUUUUUAAGUUUGUUUUUUUUUUUUGUUCCUGUUCGUUGUUAAAAAUUUUCCCAAAAAAAAUUUUCCUCAAAAUUUAUCGAUUCAUCGAAUCGUACGUAAAAUUGCUUUUGCCUCCUCUCCUUACGGCGCAUCGUUUUUUUUAACGAAGUGAGAGUAGUUGCCACUCUUUGAAAAAAAAAAACGGGAAAACUAGCUGAAAAAAAAAAACUAGCGAAAAUGUCGAUUAAUUCAAGGCAAAACAACGGCAGCAGCAGCAUUUCACUACCACCAACAACAACAAAAAGAACCGCAUGCAGAAACGCACGUUGCAAACGUUUAAAACUGUAUUUUGUAGCUGUGAUAUUUGCAAGUUUAAUUGCUGAAAGUUUUCAGGCGGAUGGUCAGUGUGUUUGGUAUGGAGUUUGUAACACAAAAGCGGGUUCGCUUAAUCAAUAUUGUGAAUAUAACGGACCUCCCAAAACUAUUACCCCAGAUGGCAUAGAGGCGUUGAGGAAAAGAUGUCCCCAUCUCCUGGAAAAUGGCCAAAAAGACUUUUGCUGUGAUGCCGAACAGGUACAAAUUCUAAACAGCAACAUUGCGAAAGCUGGAGCCUUUCUUGAUCGAUGUCCGUCCUGUAUGGGUAAUUUAGUGCGUCAUAUAUGUGACUUUACAUGUUCGCCCAAUCAAUCGAAUUUCCUUUAUGUAAAUGAUACACAAACAUCAAAAAGUGGUAAAGUGUAUGUCAGUGCUGUGGAUUUGCAUAUAACCAGUGAAUACCUUAAUUCUACUUACAAAUCCUGCUCUCAGGUUUCUGUUCCGUCAACGGGACAAUUAGCAUUUGAUCUUAUGUGCGGUGAAUAUCCAGCCUCAAGAUGCAGUCCAACAAAGUGGUUUCACUUUCUGGGCGAUACCGAAAGCAAUGGCUAUGUACCAUUUCAAAUAAACUAUAUACAGCAUGCUGAUAAGUCACAAAUAAUUAACGGUUAUGCGCCAGUUGAUCCAUUAACAGUUCCUUGCAGCAGUCCAUUAAAUAAUAAAACACUUCCAUGUUCCUGUUCAGAUUGUGAAGCAUCGUGUCCGAUACCACCACCACAGCCGCCACUUCCACAACCAUUUACUAUUGCCGGUUUCGAUGCAUAUUUUGUGAUAAUGUUGGUAGUAUUCUUAGUUGGUUCUUUGCUCUUUUUGAUGGGUGUCUGUCUGUUUCCAUCAAAGAAUGCUGAAGGUUUGAUGGGUGAUGUAUUGGAUAGCCGGCUUUAUAAUUCAACUGUUGGUCGGCGAUUGGCAGGACAUACCAAUAACGACGUGACAGCCGAUCAGGAAGACUCUCCUCUACAAUCAAAACGCUCCAGCAUUUCAGGUGAUGGAGUUGAGACUGAAGUCGAUGGUGUGCAAACAGAUACAAUUGAUGUCAUUGAUGAUGAACCAUCAGGUAUCUUUGACCAAUUGGGUGCAAAAACUGAAAAAUAUUUGGAAGCAUUCUUUACUGCUUGGGGAACAUUUUUUGCAACAUAUCCAUGGCUGACGCUUUUAGGAGGUGUAUUUUUUGUUGCCUUCCUUGGAAUGGGCAUUAAAUUCCUGCACAUCACCACCGAUCCUGUCCAAUUGUGGGCUUCCCCACAAUCCAGAUCUCGCAUUGAACGCGAAUACUUCGACUCAACAUUCCAGCCAUUCUACAGAAUCGAACAAAUAAUCAUAAAAGCAGUUGAUAUGCCUCAAAUCGUGCACAAUACCUCAAACGGUCCAAUUACUUUUGGACCUGUCUUCGAUAAGCAAUUUCUCUUAGAUGUUUAUUAUUUACAAGAAGCAAUUAAAGCCAUCGGUCAGGAAGAAGGCAAGGGUUUGGAAAAGAUUUGCUAUGCUCCACUCUCAGCACCCUACACAGGACCUGUAGAGACAAAGGAUUGUGUUGUGCAAUCGUUGUGGGGCUAUUUCCAAGAUGAUUUAGAAACAUUUAAUGAUACCUCCAACGAAAACGGUUACGAAGUAAACUAUUUGGAUACAAUAUAUCAAUGCAUGGGCAAUCCAUAUCUUUGUUUGGCUCAAUAUGGUGGUCCAAUUGAUCCAGCUAUUGCAUUAGGAGGUUUUCUCAAGGAAGGCGAACAGUUUUCUGAAUCCACAAAAUACGAAACGGCCGAUGCUAUGAUUCUAACAUUCCUUGUUAAUAAUCACCACAACAAAGACAAGAUUCAACCGGCUCUAGAAUGGGAAGAAAAAUACGUGAAACUUAUGCAAAACUAUACCAAAUAUAAUAUGAGCAAACAUAUGGAUAUCGCAUUUACAUCGGAGCGAUCUAUUGAAGAUGAACUCAAUCGAGAGUCACAGUCAGAUGUGCCAACAAUUUUGGUGUCAUAUUUGAUAAUGUUCCUCUAUAUUGCUAUUUCUUUGGGGCAUGUUCAAGAAACAAGUCGUGCAUUGAUCGAUGUUAAAAUCACGCUAGGUAUUGGAGGAGUCGUAAUUGUCCUGGCUUCGGUUGUUUGUUCUGUUGGUGCUUUCGGAUUUAUUGGAUUGCCAGCCACGCUGAUUAUCGUCGAGGUAAUUCCCUUCCUAGUGUUAGCUGUUGGAGUAGAUAACAUCUUUAUUUUGGUUCAAACAUAUCAACGAGAUCCCCGAAAACCCACAGAAACUCAUGAGGAACAUAUUGGCCGUAUUCUCGGCCGUGUUGGUCCAUCGAUGCUUCUCACUUCGGUAAGUGAGAGUUGCUGUUUUUUCCUCGGUGGCUUAUCCGAUAUGCCAGCUGUAAAGGCGUUUGCACUUUAUGCCGGUAUGGCAUUGUUUAUCGACUUCUUACUUCAAAUUACUUGUUUCGUGAGUUUGCUUACGCUAGACACCAAGCGACAAGCUGAAAAUCGUCUGGAUGUUUGUUGUUGCAUACGUGGCAAAAAGACAGAUGCUGCACCAAUCACUGAAGGUUUGCUCUAUAAGUUCUUCAAAAGUGUAUAUGUUCCUUUCUUAAUGAAGAAGAAUAUCCGCAUUUUGGUAAUGAUUGUCUUCUUCGGUUGGCUGUGUUCGAGUGUUGCGAUUGCUCCGCGAAUCGAUAUCGGAUUGGAUCAAGAACUUUCAAUGCCAGAAGACAGCUUUGUGCUGCAUUAUUUCCAGUCGUUGAAAAAAUUCUUAGGCAUUGGACCGCCGGUAUAUUUUGUACUCAAAUCUGGUUUAAAUUUCACUCUAACUAAAGAACAGAACCUGGUGUGUGCGGGACAAUUUUGCAAUGACGACAGUGUAUUGACACAAAUCUACAUGGCUAGCAAACGUUCGAAUAGAACAUACAUUGCGCGACCAGCAUCAAGCUGGCUUGAUGAUUUCUUUGAUUGGGUCACAAAUCCAAGUUCGUGUUGUCGUGUCGAUCCAGAUACAAAAGGAUUUUGUCCACAUUUUGAUACUUCAUGCGAUGUAUGUCCCAUGCAAAAUAUCAGCAAUAUGAAACGGCCAACUGUACAUGAUUUCAACAAAUAUCUACCCUACUUCUUAAUGGACAAUCCUGAUGAUUCUUGUGCCAAAGGUGGCCAUCCAGCAUACGGUGAUGCUGUCAAAUACAAAGUUACAUCAAACGAAUCUAUAGAAGUUGGCUCAACAUACUUUAUGGCUUACCAUUCGAUUCUAAAAACUUCAGCUGAUUACUAUCUAUCACUUCGAUCGGCUCGAACAAUAUCAGCCAACAUAACCAACAUGAUUAGAGGCAGACUGAUGUCCCAGGGUGUGCCCUUGAGUGAAGCCCUCAAAGUAGAAGUAUUCCCAUAUUCAGUAUUUUAUGUCUUCUACGAACAGUACCUGACCAUGUGGCCGGAUACUCUAAAAAGCAUGAGUAUCUCUGUAACGGCUAUAUUUAUUGUGACUUACCUUCUGAUGGGUUUCGAUAUUCACUCAUCGCUCGUGGUAGUAAUCACAAUAACAAUGAUUGUGAUAAAUCUUGGUGGCGUAAUGUACCAUUGGAAUAUUUCUCUAAAUGCUGUAUCGUUGGUAAAUCUUGUUAUGGCCGUUGGUAUCUCAGUUGAAUUCUGUUCACAUUUGGUGCAUAGUUUUGCUAUAUCUGUGCAAAGUACUCGCGAAAAACGUGCUGCUGAUUGUCUCACAAAAAUGGGCAGUUCAAUUUUCUCAGGCAUAACACUAACUAAAUUUGGAGGAAUUUUAGUUCUUGCCUUUGCCAAGAGUCAGAUAUUCCAAGUAUUCUACUUUAGAAUGUACCUGGGAAUUGUGUUGAUUGGUGCUGCCCAUGGACUCAUUUUCCUGCCUGUGCUGCUAAGCUAUAUUGGCGUGAUGCCCCGAAGAAAUCGAAGAAGAAUUCAACACAGGCCAAACAGCAAUAACAACCCAAGAACGAGUUACCAUCCAGACGACACAAUCAAUCCAUCUUCUACCCAUUAUUCUCCGGUUUAUCCGUCUUCGUCGCAAUCGUCCUACGGAAGUAUAAACUCUGAAACGAUACUUCAUCCAACCCAAAGGUAUACCCCCAUCACUCAAGAAUAAAUAUAAUAUUAAAUUAACAAAAAAGGGCGUGUGUAUAAAUUACAAUUAUUAUAAAAUAAUGCAAAUUAAACUAAAAACUAAAUCAAUCAGGAAAAUAAUAAGAAUGAAGUAUUUUAAAGUAUGUAAUAUAAAGAAAAGUAUUUAUAUUAGUAAAAAUAUGAUAAACAAAAAAAAACUAUUUAGAACAAUUAAGCAAACUAACAUUAAUUAUAUUGAACAUAAAAACGAAAAGACAGUUAAAAAAAAUAAAACAAAUCUGUAUUUACAAAAAAAUAUAUAUCCUCGAAGUAGAACUUUGAGGAUGUAAACCAACCAACUACUAAAACAAGAACACAGAAUGUCUGAAAGUAACUUUGUAAUUUUGCAUUAAAAUAAUAUUGAAUUAACGUUUAUAGUAUUAAACAAUAAUAGUAAGUUAAACAAAAACGAUACCUAUUUAAUAAGUAUACAAAAAAACAUGAAACAUUCUCUCUUUUAUUAUUUUUUUUAAUAUAUUUUUGUUGUAUUUUGUUUUUCAUAUCCAUUACCAUUACUUUUGUUUCUGUCCGGAAUAAUUUGUUUCUCAAUUUCUGCGAUAAUUUCAUUCAAUCAUUUUUUUUAUAGCUUAAGAAAUAAAAAUAUUUAAACUUAUUGUAAAUUUAGCAAACAUGAUUAAUUUUUUUUGUUUUAAACAGAAUUAAUUUUUAUUUUUUCGUUUUCAUUUUUCAAGAUUGUUAUCAAUUUCAUUAUUUAUUAUCAUGUAAAGGCAUCCAGAUUUCAUUAAAUUCCUACGAUUUAUCUGGUGCUUUCGAGACAUCGUAGUAUGAAAUGGCAUGUGGCUUAGAAUUGUCGAAUCGGAAUACACGAACGUUGAACCGUUGAGUGUAAUUUUCGAUAAUUUGUAAAUCGAUUCCUGACAUACUUCUUUUUCUUUGUAUCUACCGGCCCAAAACUAAUUUAUCGUUUUUUUAAACUCAUUUCGAAUACAAAACCGGUAAAUUGUCAAUAUUUUUCAAAAAAAAACCUUAAACUUUUAGACAAUUGGGAUUAACUUUUUUUUUGUGCUUUUGCCAAAAAUCCGAAAGAACAAGUGCAUGUCAAUAGUUCUUUCAUUGUUUGAUGCCAAAGACAAAUCAUAUUUUUAGUUUGAAACAAAAACUAAAAUUUGAAUUUUACCUAGAGGAAUGUCUGUCGAACUGAACCUGGAAAAGACUGACACAAAAUGUAUUUUAAGUUAAAAGUGUCAAAUAAUGUAUACAUAUAUGCUGGCAUAUAUUUACAUAAAGUUGUUCUUCUUGCAACACUUUAAAAAUUUGGGUUUUAUUUCAGACUUUUCUGAACCAACAACACGCUUGGGGAAAGUUAGUUAUUAAUAAUAAUUAAAAAAAAUAAUAAAUCAAUUUAUUAUUAGGAAUGUUAACAUUUACCUACAAAACAACUAUGGCUGUGUCGUGGUUUGGUUUUCAUUAAUAAAUUAUAUUUCUUGGGAUAUAUGUAUGAAGAGAAAAUUCCUUGUUACAAAACAAAGAAAUAUACUGUCACAAAUGCUUUGAGUAAACAUUAAAAAAUAAUAACUUAAUAAAAAAUGUAAGUUUUAUUAUAACAAUAGCUUUUAAAUUAUAGCUAUUGUAUGGUUCGAAUGUUUCUUAAGUAAUUUGGAGAAAUGGUGCUAUGACCUAACUCCCCAUCCUAAUCCAAACGGUUUACUACUAUAUAAAAUGAGUUGGUUUUAUAUUUCGAUUAAUGACCACCUUUACUAGAAACUGAAGAAUCAAAAUUCAGCAUCCCAUUAGUUUAUUCAUUAUUUAUCAUUUUUUUAACAAAAAGAUACGUUUUUGCAAUUAGCACAGAGGCUUUUAAUUUUUAACCUAAUUUCUUUUAAGUUCUUUUUUAUUAGAACAAAAUUAUAGUUACACAUCGUACGUUGAGAAAGAUAGUGUCACAACUCAAAAAACACGAUUUUUUUUGGAGAAGUAAAAUAAGAAAUUC